GACUAAUCCCUGCCCGCCCAGCCCAUCUUUUGAGAUGAACCUGAAGGUGUCCUGCAAAUUGUGCUGAGUUGCACGAGUUUAAGAUGCUAGAAUUGUUGUUGUAAUUUUUGUUGCUCUCUCUGCUGCUGAGGUACAGAGAUGUUUCCUCUGAAUGCUUGACUAGACGUAUAAGGACUUGUUAGCUUUGCCCUCUCCACUUUUAGCAAUUAACUGCCUUGCUUUCUUCUGAGGCGUGGAUUCUCCACUAACAUUAGUUAUGGAGUUCCAUACAUCUUGUUUUGCUUCUGGAUCCUCGGCGUGGCUCUCAAACUAAGUAACUUUGUGUUUGUAUUAUGCACACUCUUUGCCCAUGCUGAGCGCACCACCGAGAUUACACCCCCAUUCCCCAAACUAACUUUUAAGGAAAUCUUUUUAAACACGACCAAUGUAGUUGUGAGACUACGGAACUGGAUCACAGGCCAACUUAUCACUAAAGGACUCUGUGAAGUUGAAUCUGCAUAAUUCAAAAUUUCUAUUUUAUAUGUAUGGUUUUGAAUAAAAAACUGCCUCAUAGCUAUAUAAUUGUGGAUAUCCUUGGAACAGAAGAUCUUGUAGAAGCGACUUCCAAUGAUACUGUGAGGUUUUAUCCCUGGACCAUUGAUAAUAAAUACUACUCUGCAGAUAUAAAUCUAUGUGUGGUGCCAAAUAAAUUUCUUGUCACUGCCGAAAUUGCGGAGUCUGUGCAGGCAUUUGUGGUUUAUUUUGACAGCACACAAAAGUCAGGUCUUGACAGUGUCUCCUCAUGGCUUCCGCUGGCAGAGGCAUGGUUACCUGAGGUGAUGAUCUUGGUCUGCGACAGAGUGUCUGAAGAUGGAGUAAACAGACAAAAAGCUCAAGAAUGGUGCAUCAAACAUGGCUUUGAAUUGGUUGAGCUUAGUCCAGAGGAACUGCCUGAGGAGGAUGAUGACUUCCCUGAAUCUACAGGAGUAAAGCGAAUUGUCCAAGCUUUGAAUGCCAAUGUCUGGUCCAAUGUGGUGAUGAAGAAUGAUAGAAACCAAGGUUUUAGCCUUCUCAACUCAUUGGCUGCAACAAACCAUAGCAUUGGAUCAGCAGAGACCUGUCACUCAGAGCAGUCCCAUUUGCCAGCAGCAGAUAGGACAGAGUCCUUCCCAGGUCAUCGGGAUGGUGCAUCUAACACAGCAGAUUCCCGGCUGGAUAGCAGUGUGGAUCCCAUGUUAGAUCUGGAUAUUCAAGAAUUAGCCAGUCUUACUACUGGAGGAGGAGAUUUGGAGAAUUUUGAAAGAUUAUUUUCAAAGUUAAAGGAAAUGAAAGACAAGGCUGCGACGCUUCCUCACGAGCAAAGAAAAUUGCAUGCAGAAAAGGUGGCCAAAGCUUUCUGGAUGGCAAUUGGGGGAGACAGAGAUGAAAUUGAAGGCCUAUCUUCUGAUGAAGAACACUAAAUUAUCCCUACUAGGUUUGACUCACAAAGAUGCUAGCUUUCUACCUGGGAUACUUCCUGCUCAACCCAGUAAUAUUUUGCUACAAUUCCCAUUCUCGUGUUGGCCACCUGACUUGUUUUUAGUCCCUUUAAUUUUAGUAUCUAAUAGGAAGUUCAGGAGAAUUCUUUUCUUCUUCAGUAUGUGGGAAAGAGGAGUACAAUAACAAUAAUUAGUGAGAAUCUCUCAGAUAUACUUUUUUGUUCUAGGAAUAUCUGUGAUUUGUCAAGUUUAAGAAGAAAACCGCUCAGCCUUUCCAAGCCAGGCUUUUCUGUAGCAUCCCCAGCAUUUACUCUUCAUUGCCAGAGAUCAGGGGCAUAUGCCAUUUUCCCCACUCUAGGAGUUUACAGAUCUGAGCUAUGAAGCUUUUGGGAGGAGGAAAGUAGCAUCUCCAGGUUGGAUUUGUGCUAUGGAAGGGGGGUGUGGGCAAAGUCAGUGGCCCACAGGUGUGUCUCUAAUUAAAAAGGUGCUCUGGGCAUCUCAUUUGAGGCACAGUGUCUGAGCUCACACUACAAUGAAUUUAAAAAAACAGUUUAGAGACUAUAAGGAAUGAGGUCUCAUGAAGAUAAAACAGACCCGCCACCAAGUUUUUGUAUGGAGUGGGGAGGUAAGAGAGAGACUCUUGUGGAAUUCAUGUGUGGGCUAUGGAAACUAUUCUCAUGAUGAGAUUGUUGUGUUGGCAUUAUGAAGAUACUUCUGUCUUACUCUUCUCCCUGCUACUUGAGAUGCCAGGGCUGUGCCUUCACACUUUAAACCUUCAAAACAAGGAAGCAUCCCCUUCUUCCUGUUUAAAAGACAUCACUACCAAAGUAGCAACACCAGACGGUGGGUGAGGAUGUGAAAUAUUAGGUCUUGCGUUCCUGAGCACCUUGUUUCACUCUCCAGCUUAAUGGCUCCUCUGGGCCUUUGCAGGGUUACAGCCCUGAGAAAAAGCCCUGUUCUUUAUCCUGACUCAUUCAAACAUGAUUGAUCACUGAAAGGAAAGUUUGAAAGAGAAAGUGGAAAAUAUAGCAAAUAAAAAUCCUUAUUAAAAAAAAUCCUUAUAAGCAUUGUAGAACCCCAAAGAGCUAGCACAAAGAAUGGAAUGCUGUAGGGGCCAGGCUAGAGCGACCAUGGGGGAAACCUUGCAGUAACUGGAGAGUUCAAUAAGAGGAUCCAGGGAACAAUGAAGGCUAUCUUAGUAGCUUUUUUGUUUUGUUUUUUCUUUUCUUUUUUUUUUUAACUGUUCUGAAAGUCUUUUGAGUCCAUGGUUCACCACCAUCCCAUCAGUGGGACUAAUAUUUCCUUGAGGUGACUGUGCUUCUUCAAGGUGAUGUUUCUUUGAAUUGAUUGCAUUAGCCAUUAAGGAUGAAAGGAAGUUGGCUUUGGGUUGCCAAAAAUGUGGAAUAUGUUUUCUUAAAACAUGGAAGAUUUUAGAAAAUGUUAAGACACAUUGGUGAGGGGAAAACAGACUAGAAAAAACUGUGAACUUGAUUUUGUGGAUUAAACAAAGCCAGGUAAUUAAAAUAAUCUAUUUAUAAAAUGCUAA